GAAAAAGCACGUGUAUAUCGACGCACACAGUACACGCAUCAGUAAAAUAUAAAUAGAGACGAAGCUGGCUGGUAGAUGGUAUCUUUAGUGAUACGGAAAAGACGCAAGAUGGCAGCUAAUUGAAAAUUCAGUAAAAUUACGUGUCAUGGAGGAAGUAACUAAAUGCAGAUACAUCGAUUGUGUCGACACUCGGGAAAAGGAGCAAAUACUUCACGAACUUCCCGUUUGUGAUACUGGCCUUUGUGUGAGAUGGUUGAUCAACAGUGGUCACGUGGAUCUAAUUGGAAGAGAUCUCGAUGCUUUACGAUCUAUGAAAUUUUUCGUCUGUAACAAUCACUUCACGGAGGACUGUUAUCUUAGCAAAGGUACACUGAAAGAAAAUGCAGUCCCCUUUCCACAUUGGAGCGCUGUUUCGAGAACAUUAAAAAGCUUGAAAACACGACGAAAAGUUCAAGUAAACGGUCAGGAAAGUUCUAUGGAGGAAGUAUCGAUAAAUCAAGCUGCCGCUGAGAAGAAUGCUCCUUCUGAAUUCGACGUGGAUCAGUGGUGCAGAACUUGCGCUACAAAGAAAGAAAAUCUUGUAAGUAUGACGAGCAAGGGAAAAGGCACGGAUAUGAGCCUUCUAUCGAAACUGAAACUUUUAAUAGAAAUUGACGACGAAGACGCUUUACCAACAAAGAUGUGCGACGAGUGCGUUGACAAGUUGGAACAGUCUUUCAAGUUUUUUCAACAGAUAUAUGUCGCAGACAAUACAUUGCGCCAUGUAUUUCCGAAUUCACGGUCGAACAGUAUGCCGAAGAAGCCUCUUUAUUCGCUUAGCGAACACAUGAGAAGGGAACAAAGGGAGAAGGAGAAGGAGAAGGAGGAGAAGGAAAAGGAGAAAGAGGUAGAGGAGAAAGAUCGUGCUCCAAGAAUUACUCGCGGUAUUUUUAGGCGAGGUCGAGGUAGACCUCGUAGCCGUGGAUUGGGUGGAAGAGGAAGAGGAAGGCAAAGAUCUGCCCAGGUAGCAAUGUCGAUACAAACUCCAUUUUCGAGUCCGAUGAGUGGAGGUAACAACGCCAUCGUAAGGACGGUUCAACAACGACAACAACAACAACAACAACAACAAGAAGAAGAAGAAAAUAAAAGAAACGUGUCUGAAAUCGAGUUGCACGAAGACGAAAGACAGGGUGACACGGUGUUUUCGUUACUCACGGACACUUGCCGUAGCGACGAGGAACUCGACUGGUCGGACGUUCUAAAAGUGAUGAACCAUCAAAGGUAUCGAACCUCGGAAGAAGAUAAAUCGAAGAAAUUAGAAAAAACAAGGCUCGACGAGAAGAUGGAAGAAAAAGUGAUGACGAAAAUCGAAACAAAAGUGGAGUCGAGCGAAGCCAAAACGAUUUUGAAAGUGGAAACGGAAUGGUCCGAACAAGUACCGAUAGACGAGCAAAGAAAGAUCAAAGUAGAAAGGGAAGAAGUAACAGAGGUAUUUGUAGGGGAUAAAAUGAAGCCGAUAACCGAGGAAAAGGAAGUAGUAGUAGAACGUAUACGUUGCGAAUUUUGCGAAAAAGAAUUGAAAUUUAGACGACAGUUACAGACACAUUUGUUAACCGAUCACACGGAAUUAUCUGAACACAUGUGCGUAGACUGUUUAGCCUGUUACGAAAGUGAACCGCUACUCGCAAAGCAUCGCAGUUUGCUCCACGAAGAACGAAGGUAUCGCUGCGAACAUUGUCAAGAAGAAUUUCCGGAGAAACGUUUAUUGAAAGAGCACAUAACGACGCGACAUUCUUGCGAUUUGUGCGGGGUAACGACAUUUACCAGUAAAGAGGAUCUGUCUGAACACGUAAAAAGUCAUCGCGAAGUCGUAUCGGUUGAAACGAUAACGGAACAUUCAAAAGGAGUCGGUAGCGAGACGAUUUCAUCUCCAAAGUCUGUUCGGAUGAAAGAAGGAGAAGGAGAAGGAGAAGGAGAAGGAGAGAAAAGCUCAGCGGCUACCAUAAUCGAUACACCAUCGAACAUGAUAGUGACGUUCGAUUCAGCGUCGGACGAAAAAAAUGUUAAUCCUGAUCCCGUUCCCGUUCCCGUUCCCGUUCCCGAUCUCAAUCCGGAAACGGCAUCAUCGAUCGAUAGAUUGGAAGGUAACGUGUCGGAAGAUGUGCAAGGCGAGGGAGAAUCAGUCGCAUGUCCAGAUUGUAACGAACAAAUGCAAAACAAACUGGAACUGAGUAUUCAUCGUAUGCGUCGUCACUCUGUGAAUAGAAAAGAUGCGACUUGUCUUCUUUGCGAUAACAAAUCUUUCCGUUCGUCGGAAGAAUACGAACAACACGUGCUCGAUCAUUGCAAACGAUUAAGAAUAUCGCCGCGAUAAAAUAAAUUUUAAGUGUGGACGCAUCGGAAAGAUGAUUUACUUGGAUUCAACAAUGACUUUUUACAUGUAUCGAGCAGGGGAAAUAAGAAAUAAGAUAAUAAUAGGACAAUUUAUUGUAAAAUAUCGCGGUUAAUCCGCCUCUCUAUUUUCUCCUCGGAUCGAUGGAUUUUCUUACUACAUACAUAUAUGAAACAAGAAUGGAACAACUAAA